UAGUAUAAGACCAACCAUACGCGUUAUUAGCGUAUGAGAGACCUUAUAGGAGACCGCUCUUUUUAUCUGGUGUGUGAUUGUAGCAUUUUUUAGAAUAUCCGUCCAUAAGGAGAUUUACGCCGAACUCCGUUGUGUUGUCGUCUGAUAAGGUAAAAGAUAGUAGAGAACUCAACCCUGCGAUGUCGGACACGGAGCAGCAAAUCAUGGAAACUUCUGAAAACGGACACGAAGGAGAGGAGGACUUGAAUGGAGCGGAGCCUACCGAAGAGACCGAUGCAGCUGAGCCUACCGAAGAGACGGAAGAAGCUGAGCCUACCGAAGAGACGGAAGAAAAUGUAACCCUGAACGAGGAGGCAGAAGUAGACACGGAGGAAGUUGGUGAGAAGGCUACCGAAGAAGAUUCGCAAAAUGGUGCGCCGGACGGCGGACAGAUUAACGCCAGUAAAGGGGAAGAAGACGCAGGGAAAAUGUUUGUGGGAGGAUUGAGCUGGGACACUAGUAAGAAGGAUCUUAAAGAUUAUUUCUCAAAGUUUGGAGAAGUUACUGACUGUACCAUUAAAAUGGACCAACACACAGGAAGAUCAAGAGGAUUUGGUUUUAUCCUGUUCAAAGAGGCUUCAAGUGUGGACAAAGUGCUAGAGCAAAAAGAACACAGACUUGAUGGGCGACAGAUCGACCCAAAGAAGGCAAUGGCAAUGAAAAAAGAACCACAAAGGAAAAUCUUUGUGGGUGGCCUUAACCCAGAAACGACCGAGGAGAAGAUUCGGGAAUAUUUUGAACCUUUUGGAGAGAUUGAAGCCAUUGAGCUCCCUUUGGACCCAAAGUCAAACAAAAGGAGAGGGUUUGUCUUCAUCACUUUCAAAGAAGAGGAGCCAGUCCAAAAGAUCCUUGAGAAGAAAUUCCACAAUGUUAGUGGCUCUGCAGCAACAAACGGCAAAGAAGGACUGUGUGAGAUCAAAAUCGCCCAGCCCAAAGAAGUAUACCAGCAACAACAAUUUGGGGGCCGAUAUGGUGGUGGUGGUGGUGGGGGUAGAGGACGUGGACGUGGAAGUGGAAGUCAGGGUCAGGGUCAGGGUCAGAACUGGAACCAAGGCUAUAACAACUACUGGAAUCAGGGUCAGAACAGUAACCAAGGAUACGCCUAUGGAGGACAGCAAGGCUAUGGAGGAUAUGGCGGCUAUGGCAACUAUGGAGAUUACUCAACAGGUUAUUAUGGAUAUGGGGGCGGCUAUGACAACAACCAGGGCAACGCAAGUUACGGGAAAACUCCAAGACGUGGGGGCCAUCAGAGUAGCUACAAGCCAUACUAAAAAACUGCAGGGCAACUCCAAAAUGAUGGGACACUCAAAAACAAGGGGUCUGAAAUAACUGCUGAACAGGAGCCCAUGGUGUGGUCAGAGGAGGAACACAUUUUCUUUUCCCUCUCUUGGAUUGAAUGGCAGAAUGUGGGUUCAUUGGGUUCAUGUCUGGACUGAACAAUUGAGGGAAUGGGGAAGCAAAUGUCUCAUUUUUUUUUUGUUGUUAUUAUUUUUUUUUUUUUACAACAUUAUUUUAUCAUUCUUCAAUUUCCACAUUACAUUUCCAUGAUGGAAGUGUUAUUUUUACUGUACUUUUUGGUACCUUUUGAUUGUAAUGUAUUGUUGUAUUUUACAUGUCUGCUGGACUUAACAGAGGUUUACUCAGAACAAUUGGAAUGCUUUUGAAAUAAAUGUUUUGAGUUUCUUUUCCCCUUU